GUGCAGAGAAAGAGUGAAACUUGAAAAGAUUGCAGCUUUUGUGGAGUACUGGAAAUUAUGGGAGGGAAAGGGGCAAGAGAGAACAGAACAAUCCUUAACGACUGUGAGAACAGAGCAAUCCGUAAUGACUGUGCCUUCACUGAUGUUGUGUUUUCUUGGUCUCUGGAGCAAAUUUUCAAUGAAAAUCUUUACAGAGACCAGGUGGAAAAGAUUCCAGACACAUUUGAAUCAGUUGAUCAGUACUUCAAAUCUUAUAUCUUCCCCUUACUAGAAGAAACACGGGCACAGUUGUGCUCAAGUAUAGAAGUUAUUUCGAGGGCACCAUAUGGUGAAGUGAUUGCUUUUUAUGAAUCGAAGCCAUAUGGAGAAAAGCUUUACGAUAUUACGAUCGAGAGCUGGAGAAACAGAUAUAGUUAUCGCAACAAGGAACCCUACAAAACAUUGCCUGGAGAUAUUUUAGUUUUAGCGGAUAGCAAGCCUGAAACUGUCUCUGAUUUGCAAAGGAUGGGAAGGACAUGGACGUUUGCAACAGUCACUUCAAUUGUAGAUGAUGAGAAUGAGGAUGACGACAGUAGCUCUACCUCUUUCAAAGUCAAGGCUUCAGUGGAUCCUGAAGUUGGUGAUGGCUUGCGGAAAUCACUUUUUGUGGUUUUCCUGAUAAAUAUAACUCCCAGCAAAAGAAUAUGGAGAUCACUACACAAGGAUGGAAAUAUGAAGGUCAUCAAGGAAAUUUUAUGUGCUGAUUCUGUGAUAGAGAAAGCUUGUGACCUCUGCUCUGUAGAGAGUGAAUAUCUCUGGGGUGAAAAUUGUGCUGUGAUCAGAUCAUCUACUUUGAAUGAAUCCCAAACACAGGCAGUUUUGGCUUGUCUUCGUCUGAUGCAUUGUAAUCACAAGUCUGUAGUCAAGCUUAUAUGGGGUCCACCAGGGACAGGGAAGACCAAAACUGUUAGUGUGAUGCUCUUUACACUCUUUAGAAUGGAGUGCAGGAUCCUUACCUGUGCACCAACGAAUGUUGCAAUUACACAAGUGGCGUCCAAGGUGCUAAGGAUGCUAAAAGACUCAUUUCAAGCAGAAUGUGAAAGAAAUGCUUCUUUUUGUUCAUUGGGAGACAUUCUCUUGUUUGGGAACAAGGAACGGCUAAAAGUCAGUGCAGAACUUAAAGAGAUAUAUUUGGACUAUCGUGUCCAACAGCUUGCAGAGUGCUUCGGGCCCUUGACUGGUUGGAGUCAUUGUUUUUCCUCUAUGAUAGAUUUUCUCGAGAACUGUGUUUCUCAAUACCACAUUUUUGUGGAAAAUGAAGUGAUUAAAAUGAGAGAAAAAAAUGAUGAGAAUGGAACCAAGGGGAUUGAAUGCCUGAACACAACGAAUACGAAUUUGCACAAAUCAUUUCUUAAGUUUGUCAGGGAAAGAUUUCGUGCUACUGUGUCACCACUAAGAAAAUGUGUUUCCAACUUUUGUACUCACAUACCAAAAAGAUACAUUCUGGAACACAAUUUUGAGACAAUGGUAUACCUUAUUAGUUCCCUCAACUCUUUUGAAACCUUGUUGGAAGAAGUGAAUGUGUCUUCUGAUGAAUUAGAGGAGCUUUUUUCUGAUACAGUAGGUGAAGAUUUUCCUGGGUCACUUGAGGGUAUAAGAUACAUGUUGCACGAGAGAAGAAGUGAAUGCCUAUCAGUUUUGAGAGUUCUCUGGAAUUCCCUCUCUGAACUAAAACUUCCAAGUGUUAUGAACCAUGGAGCGAUAAAAGACUUCUGUUUUCAGAUAGCCUCUCUAAUUUUUUGCACUGCUUCUAGUUCAUAUAAGCUGCAUUCGAUUCCAAUGAAACCACUAAGCAUUUUAGUUGUCGAUGAGGCCGCACAGUUGAAGGAGUGUGAGUCAAUCAUACCAUUACAAGUGCCUGGUAUAAGGCAUGCUGUUCUUAUUGGUGAUGUGUGCCAAUUGCCUGCAAUGGUUGAGAGCAAGGCUUCUGAUGAAGCUGGUUUUAGGAGAAGCUUAUUUGAGAGGUUGAGUACAUUGGGACACUCAAAACACCUGCUCAAUAUGCAGUACAUAAUGCAUCCAUUGAUAAGUUUCUUCCCAAAUGCAAAUUUUUAUCACAAUCAGAUCUUAGACGCCCCAAAUGUCAGAAUGAAAAACUAUCAAAAGCAGUAUCUGCCUGGGAAAAUGUUUGGUCCCUAUUCAUUCAUCAACGUACCCUUUGGAAGAGAAGAAUUUGAUGAUAUGGGACAUAGUCGCAAGAACAUGAUUGAGGUAGCUCUUGUGUUGAAACUACUGCAGAACUUGCACAGUGCAUGGAUUGGAUCAAAACAGAAUCUCAGUGUUGGUGUUAUUUCACCUUAUGCUGCUCAAGUAGCUGCAAUUCAGGAGAAGCUUGCACGUAAGUAUGAGAACAGUGAUGGCUUUGCAGUAAAGGUGAAGUCAAUUGAUGGUUUUCAGGGUGGGGAGGAAGAUAUUAUAAUACUGUCCACAGUAAGAUCUAAUAGUGGUGGGUCGUUUGAGUUCAUAUCCAAUCAACAUAGAACUAAUGUUGCUCUUACAAGGGCCAGACAUUGUCUCUGGAUAUUGGGGAAUGAAAGAACUCUUUGUAGCAGCGAAUCUGUUUGGGAGGUUUUAGUUCGUGAUGCUAUGAACCGUCAAUGUUUCUUCAAUGCCGAUGACGACAAGGGUUUGGCAAAAACCAUAUUAGAGGUUAAGAAAGAGUUCGAUCAGUUAGAUGACUUGCUUAAUGGGGACAGCAUACUUUUCAAAAAUGCGAGGUGGAAGGUUCUAUUCAGUGAUAACUUCUUCAAAUCAUUUAAAAGACUGGCUUCAAUCCGGAAAAAGAAGUUAGUUUUGAACCUUCUAUUGAAACUUGCUAGUGGGUGGCGACCCAAGAAAAGAAAGGUAGACUCUCUAUGUGGCAGCUCUUCACAGACUUUGAAGCAGUUCAAGGUUGAAGGCCUCUACGUUGUUUGCUCAAUUGACAUAAUAAAGGAAUCGAGGUUUCUCCAAGUGCUAAAGGUCUGGGACGUAUUGCCUCUUGAGGACAUUCCAAAACUUGAAAAACGGCUUCAUGGUAUCUUUGCCAAAUAUACUGAUGAUUUUAUCAAUCGCUGCAAAGAGAAAAGUCUUGAGGGGGAUUUGGAAAUUCCGAAGACGUGGUUAACAUCGUCUAAUAUUGUUCGGUUCAAGAAACUUACUGACAAUGAUACUGAGGAUGAUUUAACUGGAGCUGCUUCUGAAGCUGGAAGUUACGUUGAGAAUUCAAAGGUCAGUGAGAGUCUAUUGCUGAUGAAGUUCUAUUCCUUGUCAUCCAGCGUAGUUAACUAUUUACUCUCCGACUGCGAUGGUAAAGAAUUAGACCUCCCAUUUGAAGUGACUGACGAAGAAUUGCAGAUAAUUCUUUUUCCUAGAAGCACCUUUGUACUCGGUCGUUCAGGUACAGGUAAAACAACUGUUUUGACCAUGAAGUUAAUUGAAAGAGAAAGGCUGCACCUCAAGUUGAUGGAAAAAUUAUAUGGUGUCCAAAGCGAUUCACUUCUGCAUGGUAAACAGAAAAAUGAGGUUGCCGAAGAUGUUGUAGAGACUAAAAGGGAGACCUUGCGGCAACUUUUUGUGACUGUCAGUCCUAAACUAUGUCAUGCAGUGAAGCAACAUAUUUCUCAUUUGAAAAGGUCUCUGUACGAUGGAAAUUCUUCAACAGAAAGCAGUUCUAUUGACGUGGAUGAUAUUGAUGAUACAGUACAAUUCAAGGAUAUCCCAGAUUCCUUUGUUGACGUUCCAUCCAAGGCUUACCCCCUUGUUAUAACAUUUCAUAAGUUCUUGAUGAUGCUUGAUGGGACACUGGGUGAAUCAUUCUUUGAGAGAUUUCAUGAAGCAAGGAAACUUUAUGGUAGUGAAAUUCGAAGUUUAAAAUCAGUUAUCUUAGAGACCUUCAUAAGGAAUAACGAAGUUACUUAUGAAAAGUUCAGCUCAUCAUACUGGCCCCAUUUCAAUACACAGCUAACAAAGCAACUUGAUUCUUCUAGAGUUUUCACGGAAAUCAUAUCUCACAUAAAAGGUGGCCCACGAGCCAUGGAGGCAAGUGAUGGUAAACUCAGUCGAGAGGAUUAUAUUCAGUUUUCGGCUCGCCGCGUGUCCAGGUUAAGCUCACAGAAGAGUGAGAAAAUAUAUGAUAUCUUCCUACGUUAUGAAAAAAUGAAGACAAAAAAUGGUGAAUUUGACUUGGCUGAUCUGGUAAUUGAUCUUCAUCUUAGACUUCAGGAAGAAAGGUACAAGGGUGAUGAAGUUCAUUUUGUGUACAUUGAUGAGGUGCAGGAUCUUACCAUGAGUCAAAUUGCUCUGUUCAAAUAUAUUUGUAGAAAUGUUGAAGAGGGUUUUAUAUUUUCGGGUGAUACUGCGCAGACAAUUGCAAGGGGCAUUGACUUCAGGUUCCAAGACAUACGAUCCUUAUUCUACAAUAAAUUUUUGCUGGAAUCAAGAAGCAGCAUAAAGGAUGGAAGAAAAGAAAAGGGGCAACUCGCAGACAUUUUCAAUCUGAGCCAUAACUUCCGUACUCAUGCUGGUGUUUUAAAGUUAUCUCAAAGCAUCAUGGAACUUCUUUAUCAUUUCUUCCCUAAUUCUGUUGAUGUUUUGAACCCUGAGACUAGUCUUAUAUACGGGGAACUUCCAGUUUUGCUUGAAUCUGAGAACAAUAAAAAUGCUAUCAUUAGUAUUUUUGGAAGUAGUGGAAACAUUGGACAUAUGGCUGGCUUUGGAGCAGAGCAGGUAAUACUGGUAAGGGAUGAUGUUUCUAGGAAGGAAAUAUAUCGCCUCGUUGGCAAGAAAGCUCUAGUUCUGACUAUAUUGGAGUGCAAGGGCCUUGAGUUUCAGGAUGUAUUGUUGUACAACUUUUUUGGAUUCUCACCUCUGAAAAAUCAAUGGAGAUUAUUAUAUGGUUACAUGAGAGAGCAAAAUUUUCUUGACUCAACUUCAUCUCAUUCCUUCCCUAGCUUCACUGAGGCUAAACACAAUGUCUUGUGCUCAGAACUGAAGCAGUUAUACGUAGCCAUCACUCGUACAAGACAGCGGUUAUGGAUUUGUGAGAAUGUAGAGGAGCACUCCGAACCUAUGUUUGACUAUUGGAAGAAAAAGUGUCUCAUUCAAGUUAGACAGGUAGAUGAUUCACUUGCACAGGCAAUGCAAGCUGGAAGCAGCCCAGAGGAGUGGAAGUCAACGGGAAUCAAGUUAUUUUUUGAGCAUAACUAUGGGAUGGCGACAAUGUGCUUUGAAAAAGCUGGAGACACCAUUUGGGAAAGGAGGUCUAAAGCUGCCAGCCUUAAAGCCAAUGCUGACCGUUUACGUGGUUCAAAUCCUCUUGAGGCAAAUAAGAUGCUCAGGGAAGCUGCUGAAAUACUUGAAGACAUAGGUCGGGCAGAUUCUGCUGCCAAAUGUUUUUCUGAGUUGGGGGAGUAUGAAAGAGCCGGGAAAAUUUAUCUGGAAAAAUGUGGGGAAUCUGAGCUGGAAAGAGCUGCAGAAUGUUUUUCUCUAGCUGGCUGCUAUGAGCUUGCAGCUGAUGUGUAUGCUAGAGGCAAUUUUCUUGCAGAAUGUCUAUCUGCCUGUACCAAAGGAAAACUGUUUGACAGGGGUUUGCAAUACAUCCAUUACUGGAAACAAAAUGCAGCUGCGGUUUAUAGUCUAAGGACUAAAAAAAUUGAAAAUAUAGAACAAGAGUUUUUAGAGCAUUCCGCUCGUCUCUAUCAUAAGCUCAAAGAUAACAAAUCCAUGAUGAAAUUUGUCAAAGCUUUUCUUUCCAUGGAUUUGAUACGUGACUUCUUGAGGUCAUUAGGUUGCCUCGACGAGCUUUUGUCUUUGGAAGAAGAAUCCGGAAACUUUUUGGAGGCUGCAAAUAUUGCAAAACUUACAGGUAAUAUUCUUCUUGAGGUAGAUCUUCUAGGAAAGGCUGGGAGUUUUAAGGAAGCAUCAACGCUUAUUCUUAACUACGUCCUUGCAAGCUCACUUUGGUCGUCUGACAGCAAAGGCUGGCCCCUGAAGGAUGUUUCUCAGAAGGGGGACUUGUUAGCAAAAGCCAAAUCAAUUGCCAACAAUGAGCCAAGCCAUAUUUAUGAGUUUGUUUGUACAGAGGCUGACAUAUUUGCAUGUGAAAGUGAUUUACAUUUGUUAAAUCGGCAUUUGAUUGCUUCUCGGAGCCAAAAUGAUGUCACUGGUGAAAUACUUUGUGCUCGUAAGAUUCUGGAUGCUCAUCUCCAUUCAAAUUCCUCAAAAUAUUCGUGGGACAAUGAAUUGGUGUUGGAUCUUGCCAAGCAUUCAGAAGACGGAAUUUCUGAAAAUCCCAUUUCAGUGGAGACACUGGUUUACUUUUGGAAUCUCUGGAAGGAUAGAAUUACCUGCAUUUUCAACUUUCUUGGAUGUAUGGAAAUGCAAGAGACUAAAUAUAGAAACUAUGGAGAAUUCUGUUUGAGUUACCUGGGUGUCAGAAAACAAAUUGAAAAUCUCCAUACCAAGUAUCUUUUACUGAACCCUGAUGCCUCUUGGGUGAGAGAAUUGGAUGAUACGAAUCUUCAGAGGAGUGGGAAGUUGACUUUUAUUGAUGUUCGUCAUUUGGUCUCGACUGCUCGGAAUUAUUGGUGUUCGGAGCUACUUUCUACUGGGAUUAAGGUUUUGGAACAUCUUGGUGCACUCCAUGAUUUGUCAGUCAAGAAUGCCAUGCUUAUUUUCCAUGCUAAUCAACUCUGUCUGCCUCAGUCUUCUCUUAGGGAUUUUGUGACCCAGGAAAUUCAUGCUGGCGGCCUCGGAGGUCAUUUUGGUAGAGAGAAGACGUUCCAACUUGUGCAAGAUCGUUUCUAUUGGCCAAGGAUGCGACGGGAUGUCAAUAAGUUAGUUGAUCAUUGCCAAGUCUGUCAAAUCAGCAAAGGGACUAAGAGAAACACUGGCUUAUAUACACCUCUGUCGAUUCCUCAACAACCCUGGGAAGAGCUCACCUUGGAUUUUGUAGUUGGUUUACCAAAGACUCUCCGGCGCAAUGAUGCAAUCCUGGUGGUCGUAGAUCGAUUCUCUCGCAUGGCACACUUCAUUCCAUGCCAUAAAACCAAUGACGCUUCGCAUAUAGCAUCACUGUUUCUUCGGGAAAUUGUUCGCAUCCAUGGUGUUCCUCGUUCACUAACUUCGGAUCGUGAUCCUAAAUUCAUUAGUCAUUUUUGGAGGUCAUUAUGGAGCACUUUGGGGGCCAAGUUGCAGUACUCUACGGCGUUCCACCCACAAACCGAUGGUCUAACGGAGGUGACAAACAGGAGCUUGGGUAACCUUUUGCGUUGCUUAGUGAAGGAGCAUUCUACAACCUGGGAUCAAUUGCUACCGCAUGUAGAGUUUGCUUUCAAUUCCUCUGUCAAUCGCACAACAGGCCGCAGUCCUUUUGAGAUUGUUUUUGGCAGGAAGCCUCUCGCCCCCAUUGAUUUGAUGCCUCUGUCUCGUCCACCCCAUUGCAGUAUUGCAGCGACGGAGCUGGCUGAUUAUAUUCAGGAGCUGCAUCACGAAGUCCGCAAGCGGAUCGCCACCCAAAAUGAUUUAUACAGUGCCCACGCAAACAAGCACAGACGGGAAGAAACUUUUUCUAUCGGAGAUAUGGUAUUGGUCCGACUUAGGCCAGAGCGUUUCCCUCCAGGGUCAUACCACAAGCUCCAUGAUAGGCGGAUUGGGCCAUUUCGUGUCGUAAAAAAAAUUGGUGCCAAUGCCUACCGCCUUCUAUUACCACCUGAUAUGCGGCUACAUCCUGUUUUCAACAUUGCUGAUCUUGUUAAGUACAAUGAAGACCCUGCAGCCGCUGCUCAUACACAUGCAGAAACCCAACCUUAUGUUCCCCCAACUUCCAUUGUUGAUGAACGUAUCAUGGAUAUCUUAGAUCAUCAAUUUGUAUCUACACGCAGGGGAGGAUACCACAAAUUCCUUGUCCGUUGGACUGGCAAACCCACUUCAGAGGAUUCUUGGGAGAAUGCUGAUGUCGUUGCUCAACUAAGCCCCAGUCUUCUUGAACAAUACUGCCGCACCCAUUCAACGGGGUCGAAUCUUCUAUUGUGCAGGGGAAUUGGUGCAGAGCACACUAAGCAUGGAUUAAUUGUUGUUGGGCUUGAAAUUACAACCUAUGAUAUUUCGACUUGGGCCCCCAAUGACCAUUCUCAAUCCAAGGUAAUUGCUCCUGAGAUUAUGGGGGAAGUCAACUGCAUGAAUCAAGGUAGUGCACAUCAAGGCAAAUCGUGGAAGUUGGAGGCGUUGCAUGAUGGAGGUAGUUAAGAUGAUCACGUGGGAAUGUGAAAAGAGUAAAUCGUGGUUUGAGUAGUGGAGUAAUAUUACCUAAAUAAUCGUCCUGCUAGUUACAGUCAUGAAAUUGGAGAGUUCUAUUUAAACUAGAUUUCUUUGUAAGAAAGGUAGAUUGGUUAUUUUGAGUUUAACGUUUGUAAAGGAGUGAUUCCUUGGAGUGAUUCUAUCAAAAUUUGAGAGUGAUUCUCA